AUGGCUGCCAUGCUCGCCCGCUCCUCGAGCCUCCUCCUCCUCGUAAUGGCGUUGUGGACGUCGUCCUGCCUGCUUCUGCCGGCGGCCAUGGCUGAGAACACCGUGCAUCCCGCGUCGUCGUCGGCGGCGGCGGUGGCGGCGGCGCAGCCGAGCAUAGCUGCCGCAGGCAAGUACCGCCCGACGACCACCGGCACGCUGCCGGCAGCGUCAUCGUCGUCAUCCGCUCCAGCGGCGGUCGCGGUCCCACCGGGGACACCAGCAGCGGCGUCUGAACCCGCAACAACCGCCACCGCUGGCACGGCUCCGGAGAAGUUCCCGCUGCCGACGCCGCACGGCGGCGUCGAGCCGGACCUGCCGGCACCUCAUGGCGGCGGCGAGCCGUACCUGCCCGCUGCACAGGUGGCCGGAGCGCUGCCGGUGCCCACGCCUGACGAGCUGCCCAGCGGGGCCAGCCUCGGAUUCGGCAGCAACGGGGGCCUUGGGUUCGGCGGACCCGGCGACGAGUGCUGCGGCGGCGGAGGAAACGGCUGGUUCGGCGGGCCAGGUGGCUUUGGACCCGGAACCUACGGGUACAAUGGUCCACUCUACUGGGGGGCAGCGCCGGCGGCGGCAGGGCUUGGACGCGUCAUCAACGUCGUCCUGCCACUCGUGAUUACAAAACACUGUGUCGGUCGUUUUGGGACUGUUCCUGUGCACAGAUCGGGACAGAUUGCGGAUAAGUUCAGCUUGUCAAAGUUCGGAGUCCAAAGGAGUUACAUCCUGGUCCUGAGCAACCUCCUGACGGGACCCAUCCCGCCGUCGUACGCCGAGUGCACGCCGCUGCUCCGGUUCCGGGUGAGCAACAACCACCUGGAGGGCGACGUGCCGCCGGGCAUCUUCGGCCUCCCGCACGCCUCCAUCGUCGACCUCAACUAUAACCACUUCACGGGCCCCGUGGCGGCCACGGUGGCGGGCGCCACGAACCUGACGUCGCUGUUCGCGUCCAACAACCAGAUGUCCGGCGUGCUCCCGCCGGAGAUCGCCGGCGCGUCGGGGCUGGUGAAGAUCGACCUGAGCAACAACCUCAUCGCCGGCCCCAUCCCGGCGUCCGUGGGCCUGCUGUCGAAGCUGAACCAGCUGUCGCUGCAGGGGAACCGGCUGAACGGGUCCAUCCCCGAGACGCUCGCCGGGCUCAAGACCCUGAACGUGCUGAACCUGUCGGACAACGCGCUGUCCGGCGAGAUCCCGGAGUCGCUGUGCAAGCUGCUUCCCAACUCGCUGGACUUCUCCAACAACAACCUGUCGGGGCCGGUGCCGCUGCAGCUCAUCAAGGAGGGCCUGCUGGAGAGCGUGGCGGGGAACCCGGGGCUGUGCGUCGCGUUCCGGCUGAACCUGACGGACCCGGCGCUGCCGCUGUGCCCGCGGCCGAGCCUGCGGCGCGGGCUGGCCGGGGACGUGUGGGUGGUGGGCGUGUGCGCUCUGGUGUGCGCGGUGGCGAUGCUGGCGCUGGCGCGGCGGUGGGUGCUGCGGGCGCGGCGGCUCGCGGAGCAGGACGGGGCGCUGGCGUCGUCGCCGGGGUCCAGCGCGUCGUACGACGUGACGAGCUUCCACAAGCUGACCUUCGACCAGCACGAGAUCCUGGAGGCGCUGAUUGACAAGAACAUCGUGGGCCACGGCGGAUCCGGAACCGUGUACAAGAUCGAGCUCAGCAGCGGCGAGCUGGUGGCGGUGAAGAAGCUGUGGGUGUCGACGCGGCGGCUGCGGCCGCCGAGCAGGAAGCAGGUAGACUGGGCGGCGGCGGUGGCGAUGACCAACACCCCCACCUCCAACAACAGAGACGGCGGGUGGCUCGGCGACCGCGAGCUCCGCACGGAGGUGGAGACGCUGGGCAGCAUCCGGCACAAGAACAUCGUGAAGCUCUACUGCUGCUACUCCAGCGCCGACUGCAACCUGCUGGUGUACGAGUACAUGCCCAACGGCAACCUGUGGGAGGCGCUGCACGGCUGCUACCUGCUGCUGGACUGGCCGACGCGCCACCGCGUGGCGCUCGGCGUCGCGCAGGGGCUCGCCUACCUCCACCACGACCUCCUCUUCCCCAUCGUCCACCGCGACAUCAAGUCCUCCAACAUCCUCCUCGACGCCGACUUCGAGCCCAAGGUCGCCGACUUCGGCAUCGCCAAGGUGCUCCAGGCGCGCGGAGGCGCUGACCGCGACGGCUCCACCACCACCAUCGCCGGCACCUACGGCUACCUGGCGCCAGAGUACGCCUACUCGUCCAAGGCGACGACCAAGUGCGACGUGUACAGCUUCGGCGUGGUGCUCAUGGAGCUGGCCACGGGGAGGAAGCCCAUCGAGCCGGAGUUCGGGGACACGAGGGACAUCGUGCACUGGGUCUCCGGCAAGGUGGCCGCCGGCGCCGGAGCCGAGGCGGACGCGCUGGACAAGCGCCUCGCGUGGAGCCCCUACAAGGAGGAGAUGGUGCAGGCGCUGCGCGUCGCCGUGCGAUGCACCUGCAGCAUGCCGGCACUCCGCCCCACCAUGGCCGACGUCGUGCAGAUGCUCGCCGAGGCCGGGCCACCCGCCGGCCGGACGACAAAGAACGACAAGGACGACAAAGAUCAUCAUCAUGCUACUCCUCCUCCUUAG